UUAACUCUAAGUGAAAUGCAAAGAAUUGGAAAGAUCUCAGAGUCAUUCUACAACUUUCCCUCCUCUCAGCUUUCCUUCUCAUCUUUCCCUCUUAUCUCUUUCCUAAUCACAAAUCGUCAUCAAGCCAUUAUUCAUUGUCUCUGUUCUUCUGGAGCAUUUUCCCUCCAUCAUCUGGAACCAUCAUCUUCGUCGAUCCAUCAGCCUCUCGUCGAACCAUUUAUGGAGUUCUCAUCCUGCGACCAUGGAACUUUUGUUGUCGUCUUCAUCAUUUUCUCUCUCGAGUGCUUCUUAGCCAUCCACAUUUUCUUCAGAGAUUCACAGGUUUACUCAAAGGUGAGUGGAGAAAAAACUCCUGAAACCCCAACCAUUGAUGUGAGCUCAAAAGAAUUUUAUGGUGAGGGAUAUGAUGACAGUGACAAGAGAAUUCCUGACAUGACCAUAAUAAACAAGCAGCUUGGUUGGAAUCCUAAGACUUCGCUCUUCAACUUGGUGGAAUCCACUCUGACCUAUCAGCACAGGACAUAUGCUGAAGCCAUCAAGAAAGUAAUUGCAAAACCCGUUGCAGGUUAAACUUUUACAGGGAUGGUGAUUUGUUACCUUGGAGAAGGGUGUCAUUGCAAAGUUCGAAACUUUGGUCUGGUAUGCUUUGGGAAUGGAAUAUUCCUCACAAUGUUCUGAAUGCUAGUCCCAAGGUUUGUGAAAUUAUAUUGUUGGUAUCUUCAAAACCCUAAUUCCUCUUUUUUUAGCCAUUAUGUUCCCUCACCUUCUUUGGUUGUUGUUGUUUGAAUCUUUGGUGCUAAGAAGAGCAUUGGCGUGAAUAAUUGAGAAGUUCAUGGAUUUUUUAUUAUGUUUUUUCCCUCUAUUCUGUCUCAUGAUUGCUUGGAGCAACCAUUAGCUUUUUCUUUGUCCAACCAACUCCAAAAGCCUAAUUUUUUGGCUACUCAGCUGAUGGAUAUAUUUUCUACUGUGAUGAAGCAUGAUAAUCUAUGGUGAAUUUUAUUUGAUUGGAAAUUGUUAUUCUCAAAGGAUGAAAGCUUCUUAGUCAUAAUUUCAAUCGUUUAAUUAAUUAGAUUAUGCGUUUUAUCUACUUUGCAUUAUCAUGUAUUACUCAGUUCUUGAAGUAUGUUCUUUCUUCCUGCCAAAUANUGGUCAACUAUGAAUUAAAUUACAAUUGAUUGGAAGUAAUUGGGGUACUUUUAUUUCUAUCGACAGAGGGUUUAAUAGUAGUGGUUGCAAGUAAUUGAGGUGCUUUUAUUUGAAUAUGUACUACUUCUCUGAUAAGUUUAAUUAGGGAGCAUUUUAUUUCAAUCUUAAUCAUAUGGGUAUUGAAGUAUGUACCUUUACUUGUUCA